AUGGAACGACGGUGGGUGGAAAAGCGCGGCUGCGCGCUUUGCCUACUGCACACGCCAGACAUCAAGCCCUUGCGCAGGUGCGUGUACGAUGACUUCUUCGUCACCAACGAGGGCAGAAACCAGGCCAUCCAAGUAGCAGAGGACAGCAGCAUCGCGUGCGUGCUGGUCGACAACACAAAUGACCGCAUCUCGUUCAGGGAGCCGCGCACUCCGCUCAAUGACGCCGCGUUCCAGGCAUUCGCAGACGCUGCACGCCCCCGCCCCAUAUCCUUCAGCCUCGAGACGCUGCAGUACACGCCGGAGGAGGCCAUCUUCAUCCCGCCACGCAACACCAUCCCGCGCGAAGACCCUUUCCCCUUUUACGUCACGUAUGGCGCGAUCGUGUACAUCACGCAGGACAACACGACGCUCACACCGCUGCCUUUUCCCGCCGACACGCUGCAGGGGGUGUGCGCACCACGCAAUCCAACGCGCCUCUUUACGUCUGCGCCAGGCACGUGCACCCGCAUCAUCCCAGCGGCAGACGAUGCCGAGCGUGUUCGGGCAAUGUGCAGCCCUGGCGGCGACCUUGAUGUACCGGUCCCAGCAGACGCCGCGGUCCUUGCAACAUACACAGGCAUCACAACCAACAUCCAAAUCUCUUACAGUGGAUGUGAUGGUGAUUGCACCAUCCGUUACAACGCAUCCACCCAACGCUGCAUCAACGCUGUGCAAAAGGUCGAGUACACCAUCCAGCUUGGCCUCACCACCAUCUCCUCCCUCAAUGUUGCCGUGACCGUCGCUUCCUUUGACGCCUCGGCUACCCGCACGUGGCCGCAGCGGUAUUCUUUAACCACACGCUCAAGCAGCAACGGCAGCAACGGCAAUGUCAACACGUACCUGCGAUCUGGCAACCCAGGCUACCUUGCAACUGCACCAGUGGUGUCUGGUGUUCUUCUUCCAUCCGGCACCGUUGCCCUCAACAGCGACCCGUCAUUGUGGCUCACGCGGCUCAACCCAGCGCCAGCAGGGCUCUGUGCAAACAGCAGCCGGGCCGGUGUUGUGUUUGGAGUGGAUGUCACGGCGGCGUGCAUGCUCGCCGUCAACCUGUCCUCCAUUGACACGUGCGACCAGCUUCGGCAACAGAUUGCGGCCAUCACUGCCCCCGCGGACAUGCACACAUCCGCACGGAGAAUUGCGCGCUAUGGCAACAGCGACCAGCUGGACGAGGAGGAGUGGCUGUCGAUCAUUAAUGUGGUGCCAUUGCCGUCUGUUGAGGCGGACACAAGCGCGUCGUGUGCUGAUGUCAUCACGGGGACACACCUUCAACUUCAGCACGCAAGGGUUGGCAAGCUGGACAACAGCCAGGCAAUCAUCACUGCUGCGCGGUUCUCGUACAGACGCGAGCGCAUCUCGCUCCCGUGCAUUGGUGGCGGCUGUUCGGGCCAGGGUUCCACCGCCGUCAUCAGGGUGCCGCUCCAAAACAUUGUCACCUUUGAUGACGUGUCCACUACACCGCGUCACAUCCGCAGACGAACACCAGAUCUAAUCCGCGACCUCCCACACAAUUUCUUCCACCCCUUCGGCUAAACACAACACGCCCGCUUGCUUGUACAUACAUGUGCAUGUGCAUCCAUUGUUCUUCUUUUUCUUUUGUACUCUGCUGCCAUGCCAUGCCUGGGGUUCAUGUGCUGAUCAUGGUGGAGCGAUAAACGACAUCUUUGCCUA